AUGCGCGCGGCGGCGGUCCUCCGCGGCGGACCGCCGGUCGCCGCCGCGCCAACGCGGCGGCGGCGUCGCGGCCGUCGCCUCGCGCGGUGGACCGCGGUCGUGGACCCCGUCGCGGCGGCGGAGCCCGAGGAGACCUCGACCUCGACCUCGACCGCGUCGCCGUCGCCGUCGAAAUCCGCCCCAAUCCGCCUCGUCGAGUGGUUCUCCGGCACCGGGAUGAUGCGCGUCGCGCUCGACCGCGGCACGUCGCGCGGGGUCGAGCACGUCGCCGCGAUCGACAACAGCGAGGUCGCGAACGCCGUGUACGCCGCGAACUUUCCGAACGACGCGACGCCGCCGUCGCGCGGCAACGUCGAGCACUGGACCGCGGCUCGGAUCGACGCGGAAGGGCUGGGCGCCGCGGAGCUCUGGACGCUCUCGCCGCCGUGUCAGCCGUACACGCGCAAGGGGAAGCAACGGCACGGCGACGACCCGCGCGCGACGGCGUUCGCGCAUCUCCUGGAGAUCUUCCCGACGUUGCGCGCGCGCCCGGACCGCGUGCUCGUGGAAAACGUCGUCGGGUUCGAGACGUCCGAGACGCGAGACGCGCUGAUUCGCGCGCUAGAGACGACGGGGUACGCUUGGCGAGAGUUCGUCGGCGCGUCGCCGGCGGACGUGGGCGUGCCGAACGCUCGGCCGCGGUACUACGCGCUCGCGAAGAAGCGCGAGGUGGGGGGGUUCGACGACGCGCGCGCGCCGUUCGUCGCCGCCGCGGGGAGCGACGGGUACGACGCGCGCGGCGCGGCGGCGGCGGCGGCGCGUCCGCCGCCGCGACCGCUCGCCGCGUACCUGGACGAGCGCGCGGCAAGCGACGACCUGACGGUGCCGUCGCGCGUGACGGAGAAGUACUGGAAGUGGCUCGACGUCGUCGCGCCGUCGUCCACGCGGUCGGAGUGCUUCACCGCGGGGUACGGAAAGACGGUGUACGGCGGAUCGGUCCUCGCGUCGGAUGCGUUUUUGUCGGCGCGCGAACGCGAUUUUGUCGACGCGGGGGGGUCCGGGCGGGUCCGUCUCGCGUCGCCUCCGCCGCCGGGCGCGCUCAGGUACUUCAGCCCGAGGGAGAUCGCGUCCCUGCACGGCCUCGGAGACGACUUCGCGCUGCCGAGCGAGGUGCUGACGCGCCGACAGCUGUACUUCGCGUUGGGGAACUCAAUCUCCGUGGACGUCGUCUCCUCGCUGAUGCGUCACCUAUUCGACGACGCGUUUUUUUGA